CUAAAUGUGUGUGUAUAUUUAUCAUAAUUGCAAAUCAACCUUUUAAUCCAAUGGACCCGGAUGGCGAUUUGUUGGCCAAAAUCAACAAAUAUUUUGAAUUUACUCCCGUGGAAGGUCGUGAAUAUGCUAGAAAUUCACAUAAAAAGGAGUCUAUUUCAUUCAACCGCAUGUUCACACGUGUUCCUCCAUCGCAAGAUGUUAUAACCAUAUCUACUGAUUCAAGUAAUUCUGACUUAUCGGACAGCGAUCGUGAAACAAUAUACCAGCCAGAGUGUAUCAUAUGUAGUGAGUCAUUUGCUGAUAGGUCUGACAUUGGGAUACCGAUUCAUUGUCUACACUUGUUUUGUUAUGAGUGUAUAAAAAAGUGGUCUCGUCGAACAAAUGUCUGCCCAAUUUGCAAGAAAGAGUUCAUAGAACUUGGUCGAAUCAAAUGGAAGAAGUUCCUUGCUUUCGUAUCGUCAACUGGGCCAAGGAAGCAUCUUCGUCUACGUUCGUCGAAGCAUGUGAGAAUAAAGAAUUUUAGAGCAUUAAGAACUAUAGUUCAGGGAUGCUUAUCGUCCAUACCAUGGCAACGUGAAAUUAUCCCUCGGAAGCUUCCCACACAAGACGGUGAGGAUAACCACGAAGGUUGCGAAAUUUGUCAUUUGGAUGACCACUGGGAUUGUUUAUUGUUAUGUGAUAGUUGUAACCUUGGGUAUCAUACAUAUUGUUUGGAUCCACCCCUUUCUUCUGUUCCUUCGGGGGAUUGGUUUUGUAAGAUGUGUUUAGAAUUCCCUAUACCUUCGCGUGAUGAGGCUCAGGUGUUAGUAACAUCAGAUGAUAUUAGAAGUCGUACAGCAGUUUCGGAUUCAGUGCGCCCAGGUGUUUCGAACCGUUCAAAUGAUUCUUACCGUAUUGCUGAACGGACUUUUCCCCUUUGUGAAUUAGAUGAUAGGGUGAACGAGAAUUCGCAUGAGAAUGAUUAUAAUCCUGUCGACGAAAUCGCCACUCAGGAUCGCAAUUAUAAUAGUGUACCAGAUAAUGUUUCCAACAAUGCAGUUUUAAUACAACAUGACGGUGUGACUGGUGAAGGUUCAAAUUCUACGGUAUCACGGGACCUUGAUGGAUAUUUAUAUGGUUUAUACGCCAUGUCAAAUGAUCAGCCUGCUAACCAAACGGACAUAUCCUAUAUGUCUCACUCCAUCCCGUCAUAUAAUUCAUUUGAGGAUAAGAGGUCACAGUAUGAGAAUAUUUCUUCACAAUCUUUUGGCAUUAACACCUAUUGGAUAAACUCGCCCAUGUCUGAACUUAAUAGGAAUGGAAGAUCUACAUGUAAUGGUGGUUCUCAGCCUCAAAAUUGGGAUACUAAUGCUGUCCAUCUCGGAACACCGACGGAUGUUCCUGGUUCAUCCCAGGAUGAUGUCUUGACUAAUACUUUAAGUGCUAUUGGUGAAUAUGUCAGUAGCACAUCGGGAUGUCUGACUGAUAAUACCACUAGGUCUCCUGAUUUUAAUAGAUUUGCAUUUGAUACCCACUCUUUAGAAAGUCAUGGCGUUAUGGAGUCACCUACUGGCAGCGUUCAAGUGGCAAAUGCUAAUGCCACUGAAAGACCGGAUCGUAGCGUAUCGUUUGUGUAUAGAUAUCGCACAAUGAUGGAUAGGACUGCCUCUACCAGGAGGAUAGAAACUAUGCCACGACAUUUCACCUACAGCGACUAUUAAAACAAACUUUACCGAACUACCUUUAAGAAGCGAUCUGCAUUUC